AUGACAGAGGCUGAUAAAUUAACUGGAUCUGGUUUGGGGAUUGGCUCAGCUGUUGGAGGUGCUGUUGGUUCUGUUGCUGUGGUUGGCGUUAUAGUGGUGCUGGUUGUGUUCUUUGUACGACGAUCACGAUUAUCAAGCAAAAACAAUAAAAAUUUAGCAACAACCACAUAUGAAGGCAUAACUCUUAGGACUGUCACCGCAGAAAACAGUACAGAUGAUGCACCACAGACGGGAGAUUCUGAUCGCACAUAUCAAGGACUUCAAGAACGGGGAGACUCGGCACAAUACUCCCAACUCACCGUGUAUCAAAAUAUACACAGCUCUGAUGAUGCACCACAGACCGGAGACUCUGAUCGCACGUAUGAAGGUCUUCAAGAACGGAGAGAUUCGGCACAAUACUCCCAACUCACAGUGUAUCAAAAUCUACACAACUCUGAUCCAAAUUACAGCAACUUGAGAAGUUUAUCUACAAUGUAAAGAAAACAUCACGAUUUAGUGUUAUAAUAGAGAUUAACAGUGAUGUGUAUGAGAGAAAGAGAGGGAGAGAGAGAGAGAGAGAGAGAGAGAGAGAGAGAGAGAGAGAGAGAGAGAGAGAGAGAGAGAGAGAGAGAGAGAGAGAGAGAGAGAGAGAGAGAGAGAGAGAGAGAAGUAGAUGUUAUAUGUGCACUGUGAUCUUUCAUUAGUGAAAGACACCAAAUACCAUUUAUUCACGGGAGUUUGUGGGAAGGUCGAACAGACCCAUUUCACAGACCGGAAAUAUAUCUGCACAAGUAGUCUGUUGUUUGACUGAUCAUUUCAUGGCAGAUAGUUGUGAAUUUUAAUAUUAGUCACUAUUCAGUAUCUAGCUGUCGGUAGAGUGCUAAUCUGAGGUUCGACUCACCUCAAUGCACCCAUUAACAGAUUGGUUUUUUUCCUGCCCCAAGCAAUGCCCCACAAUUCGUAUAUCAAUGGUAUGUGCUGCCAUGUAUGUGGGAAAGUAGGAAAAUGUAGCAGGUCUCCUCUAAGACCCGAUGUUUGACAUCAAAUAGCGGAUGAUUAAUAAAACAAUGUGCUCUAGUGGUGUCGUUAAACAAUAAAAACUUUACUAUGCAAUGUCAAAAUUCAAAUGGGGGUAUUUUCUCAUUGCUUGGAUUUUCGUCAGUAUCUCUCUAUUUAAAUUUAAUUUUAAAUUAUUAAAUUGAUUGCACUUCACUACAACAAAAAGUACACAAGUUAAAAUACAGCUAGCUUGUUUUUGUUUCAUAUUCGUUUGAAGUGAGGUUUUUUUGGUUUUCACAUUUCAGGCAACUGUUUAUGCCACAUGCAUCAUUUAUUUGUCUUAUGGUCUAUAGGACAGUUAAAAUGAUAUAUUAUGUGUAUGUACAUAUAUAUUUUUUCUGUAAUAAAGUAUUUAAUGUGUG